AUGGACUCUCAGGCCUUUGACAUAGAGGAGUCGACUGGCUCAACCAUGUUGGACCAGUUGGACUCACAUUCCCAGUCAAAUCGCAACUCCGUAUCCAGCUUCACCAGCACCCCCGGUCGAUCGCUCAGUACCAACAAGAAAAACAUGACUCCGAUACCCGCGAACCUCCUGCCUUCAGCACCAGCUUCUCCACCGACACCUGCGCCGAGUCCCACCCCACACCAACGUCCGCCAGAAUGGCACUCGGCCGAUGAAGAGGAGAAUACAUUCUUGUUAAAUCACUUUAGCACCCUAUCAAAUACUCGGAAGCAAAAACUCCUCGAAGGUCUUUUGAAUUUAUGCGACAGCCAACAACUGAGCUUUGUUUCCAGCUACGUCGGUCCUCGCUUGCGAAAAGAUCCGUUUGUGGUAUUUCCAAAUGAAAUCUGUUUGAGAGUCCUCUCAUUUAUCGAUGACCCGAAGACCCUUGCAAGAUCAUCGCAAGUAUCAAUACGAUGGCGGGAACUAUUAAACGACGAUAUCACAUGGAAAAACCUUUGCGAGAAGCAUGCCUACUCAGUAAGGCGGAUUCAAGAGGAUGACUGUAUGGAACCGGCCACCCCUCGGUCCGUCAACUCGAACUUGGAAACUCAUUCGUUGAACGACCUACAAUUACGGUCGGACUCUUAUGAACGAGCUGUAGAGAGUGAACCGGAAGGGGACUUGCUGCGUUCCACUAGAUUCUCCCAAAGAGACCAGACGACACAGGGAGAUCGAAUCUCAUACAAAUUCCAGUUCAUACGGAAAUACAUGGUUGAGUCUGCUUGGAACAAAGGUGGUCGGUGCACACAACGCCAUAUCACACCUGACCAAGGUGUUGUGACCAGUUUGCAUCUGACUUCGAAAUACAUUGUUGUUGCGCUGGAUAACGCAAAGAUCCAUGUGUAUGACACCAACGGCGAUAACCAGAAAACACUCCAGGGCCACGUGAUGGGGGUCUGGGCCAUGGUUCCGUGGGACGAUAUUCUGGUCAGCGGAGGAUGCGAUAGGGAUGUGCGAGUAUGGAACAUGGCUACUGGGGCUGGAAUUCACUUACUUCGAGGUCACACAUCAACUGUCCGAUGCUUGAAAAUGUCUGAUCGGCACACUGCUAUUUCCGGAUCCAGAGACACCACACUUCGCAUUUGGGAUUUAACAACCGGAACCUGUCGGAAUGUUCUGGUCGGGCAUCAAGCUAGUGUCAGGUGUCUUGCGAUUCAUGGUGAUAUUGUAGUUUCCGGUAGCUAUGAUACCACAGCGCGGAUAUGGAGUAUCUCCCAAGGCCGUUGUCUACGCACACUAAGCGGUCAUUUCAGCCAGAUUUACGCGAUUACCUUUGAUGGACGCCGGAUCGCAACGGGAAGCUUGGAUACUAGUGUUCGCAUCUGGGACCCGCAAUCUGGACAGUGCCAAGCCAUUCUCCAGGGGCAUACAUCUUUGGUGGGCCAGCUGCAGAUGCGCGGUGAUACGCUCGUAACGGGUGGCUCUGAUGGCUCCGUCCGUGUCUGGUCAUUAACGAAGAUGGCCCCUAUCCACCGACUAGCUGCUCAUGACAACAGCGUGACCAGUCUUCAAUUUGAUAAUUCUCGCAUCGUUAGCGGCGGCAGUGAUGGCCGCGUCAAAGUGUGGAGCUUGCAGACUGGCCAGUUACUGCGAGAACUCUCGACUCCCGCGGAAGCAGUUUGGAGAGUCGCAUUUGAAGAAGAGAAGGCAGUGAUCAUGGCGAGUCGGUCUGGUCGGACAGUGAUGGAGGUUUGGUCAUUUGCGCCACCGCCAGAAACAUCCGAUGACAGUGUGCUCAUCGAGAGCACAUCUAGCAUACCAGGACUCAGCUCCAGAGAUGAUUUAGACUUGACCGUUAACUGCCGACGCCGAACCCGAACCCAUUUCUCCGAUCCACCCCCGACCAUCUUAGGCAGUGAUGCCGACCAAGCCAUGCCCGACGCACCAUCUUGA